AUGAAUGCAAGUAAUACUAGUAGUAUUUUGUUCUUUACCAGGAUAUCUAAGGAUGAUUACCUCAAUUCAGAGAGACAGAAGAAAUUUCACUAUCCAACACUGAUUGAUAUAAAUGGAUUCCAAGAUAUAUUCCUAGAGAAAUUAAUAGUCUUACUUAGAUAUGUCUUAUUUGGUCUGAUUACAGAUAAACACGAACUGUUAGAUGCACUGAAGUUUUAUGGGUAUAAUGACAUCAAACAGGCAAUGACAUAUUUAUCAAAACAGGAAAAAAUGAGGGUGGACGGUCUUACUGUUGUGACUUCGGCCGUCUCUUCUCUGCCUCAUAAUAUCUUAAAUGCAGUUAAGCAGGUGGCAGUAAAAGAGAUGGAAGUUCCGGUGUUUGGAGUGCUAACAGAACUUGACAAAGUAAACGACUGGGAGGCACUUGCAAUAAAGAAGAAGGAAUUCUGCUCCAAACUAGGGCUCCCAGAAACUCGACUGCUUCUAUGUACUAACUACUGCGAUGAUUACGACAAAUGCUCUGGGAAUUCCCGUCUGAAUCAAGUUCAUCCGGAGCUAGAUGUUCCCAUUUUAUCCUUUAUGAGACAGGUUUGUGAUAUUGUAAACAUCCAUACAAAAUUGGAAGUAAUCCAUUCUAGUGAAGUUAUAUUGUGUAGUGCAUUACAAGGACCACGAAUGAGAGCCCAGUUACAAGGUGCUUCUUCCCGAAAUGAACAAGAACUGGUCACUAUGGAAUAUUCAAACUUUGUAUAUAACUCUGGACCUGUCUACAGUGACCUGGCACUCGCCAUGGGUUUGACAACCUGUCUACCCAACAAUGUGCCCACCAACUUGUCUGAUGGCUGGGCAGGGAAACAACGAGCCAGAUGUGUUCACAACCCUCCCACUCAUCCCUCCGGACCCGCCACAGACAUCGAUAUGAUGUUCCUCCAUUACUUUACAUUAGGGGAUACAUUUCCCUUCCCUUGA